AUGGGGAGCUCAAAGUCACGCCGGGAGCAGGUUAACGACUCGAUGACGAAGUGGACUCUGCGUGCGGCAUUUCUUGGCACACUAAUUCUGCUUUUUGGUUUCCUGGACGGUAUCAAGGACCGUUGGUAUGUCCUCACGCCGGAGAGUCUGCACGAGCUCGCACAAGCUGCGAUCGCACAUGCACCUGCCCCUGAUGACACGGUCUCCAUGAUCAACUACAUCGUCUCAAACCUCACAGCGACGUACCCACCGUCGACCAUCGCAAUCAACACAGACAGCUCCGAGUGGGUGCUGAGCAACGCGGGCGGCGCGAUGGGCGCGAUGUACGUCAUUCACGCGAGUAUCACGGAGUACCUUAUCGUGUUCGGAACGCCCCUCGGCACGGAGGGACACACGGGUAUGCAUACUGCGGACGACUACUUCAACAUCCUCGUCGGCGAGCAGUGGGCGUUUAACCCGCCAAACUUGACAAUGGAGAGGUACGGCCCGGGAAGCGUGCAUCAUCUGCCCAGAGGGCAUGUGAAACAGUAUAAAAUGCACGAAGGGUGCUUCGCACUGGAGUAUGCUAGAGGCUGGAUCCCGUUGAUGCUGCCGUUCGGUGUGAUGGACAUUCUCUCGUCCACGUUGGACUUUUCGUCGCUGUACCACACCUUCAGGAUCUCAGCACGAGAAAUGUUUAGGAAUAUACUCGUAGGGAAGAUUUAG